AUGCUGAUGACCAACUUGGAUAAGACCCUAGUUGGUUAUAAUUUUGUUUUAAAAAUAUUUUUCUUUGUUAUAAAGAGGGAGAAAUUGAAUGUACUGAUAAAUGAAAUAAAGAAUUCUGAGGAUAAAGUUAGUGAUGACAGAAAAACUUUAAUGGCGAUUCACGUGAUUUUCAUAACUUUUAUAUCCACUGCUUUGGUCUCAGCCUUUAGUUUGUUGAGCCAAUACAAAGCUGAGAUGACUGUUGAGGCUUGGAUGCCCUUCGAUCCUUUCAAAGACAGGAUGUCUUUAUUAAUGGCUGCUCAGAUUUUAGCAAUUUGCUUCGUGGUCCCUUGUCUGUAUAGAGCUUUCGCGAUGCAAGGGAUAGUAUGCAGCAUUAUUAUGUAUUUUUGCGAUCAACUAUUACAUAUUCAGGGGGGGUUAAAAAAUUUGGGAAAUACAAAACAUAAUGAGAUACAAGCUCGGAAAGAGUUUAAGGAUAUUAUUAAGAAACAUGUCCGUUUAAUGAGGUACACCAAAACAUUUACAGACAUCUUUAAAGAAUUCUUUCUGAUUCAAAAUUUGGCUGUUACAAUAGAGCUGUGCUUAAAUGCGCUAAUGGUUACAGUUGUCGGUUUGGACGAAAAAACUCUAUUAGCUAGUUUUCUAACAUUUCUCGGCCUUGCUUUAUUUAAUGCUUACAUAUUUUGUUACCUGGGCGAUGAAUUAAUUGUUCAGAGUACAGGAAUAGCGCAGGCCGCGUACGAGUCUGAAUGGACAUCUUGGCCUAUAGACAUGCAAAAAGACCUCUUGAUUAUCAUCAAAGUAGCACAAAGACCGCUCAAGUUAAGCGCUGGAGGCAUGGCAAUCAUGUGCAUUCAGACAUACAGUCAGGCUCUCUAUAACGCAUAUUCAAUAUUCGCUGUUUUAAACGAUGUUGUCGAUUAG